AUGACACAAUCGAAAGCUCACGAGAUGGCAGUUGAGCAAACAAUAAAUGUUUGUAGGCUCAACAGCCGUUCAGAUAUGGUAAAGUCAAUACUAGCAUCGUCAACCUUCAGCGACUCGAAAGAUGUUGUAGCAAAGAUGAUUGUGGAGCAAAAUAAUUUUCGAGGAGGUUAUAGAGGCAGCAAUAACUACAGAUAUUACAAUAACAACUUUAGGUUUAACGGCAAUUCAAAUAGACACAGCGGCAAUACUAGCUAUCGAAACAAAAAUCAGAAUAGGAAUAAUAGUUUCAGUAAUAGACGAAAUAACUACAAUAAUAGUAACAACAGUCAGGCUUCAAGCAGUAGAAAUAACAAUCAAACGCGUUCAAAUAUACGAAAUUCUGCCAAUGUUCGGUCUAUAAACGCCGAAGCCCCUCAGGCGCGAACACUGGGGGAGCUAGACUUAAACAACUAA